AGCAUGGGCUACAAAAUCCGAACAAUAAUUUAGAAAGCUACCACAACCAAACCGACCUCUGGAGAAUCAGAAAUCGAACGGUAUAUUUUUAUCGAGCCAGAAUAGAAACGUGUGUGAAGAAGCCAGAUUCAACCAACGCACAACGAACCGGUGCGGUGCCGCUUGCUUGCUGUUAUACGGCGAGCUAUACCUACUUACUGGACUGUGUAAACAAGGUUGAGGUGCCGAACGCUUGGAAGAGUUGCACCAGUAGUGAGUUCAUUCGGUUAGAUCGUGUGAUCGACGACGGGGCACCAUCUCAAAAAUGGCCUGCAAGUGCAAAGUGUUGAGGUCCAGAUUGCUAAGAGUGACACUGGUCGUGCUGCUGGUGACGUUCCUGCCGGGCCUGCCUCCCUAUCCAACGUUCCCGUUCAAGUCAUUCAGCGUGACACCUUCACGAGACCUGGAGGGUGUCCUCGCACCCAAUCAGCUACUUAACAAUGCCGAACGCUGGCUCGAAAACCAACUGGUGGCACCGGAAACCAUUCUGGUUCGAGGAAACACAACCUAUGCGUCGGUGGCCGGAGGCAAAGUCCUUGAAAUUACCAAAAACGAUCAAAUUCGAGUGGUGGCCAAGUUUGGCGUUGAAUGCCAGGGCAACUACGAUGAACGGAUAUGCGGUCGUCCUCUGGGAAUAGCUUUCGAUACCCAGGGUAACAACCUGAUCGUGGUAGAGCCCUAUUUUGGCAUCUAUCAGGUGCAAAUCAAAACCGGAGAGAAGAAACUUCUAGUUUCGUUGGAUCAGGUCAUCGAAGGCGGCAAAGUUUCCCGGAAACCUGGAAUUCCGAAUGGUUUAGCUGUAGCUAAGAAUGGCGAUUUAUACUGGUCCGACACGUCGUCGGAUUUCCGCUUCGAAGAUACUCUUCAGGCCAUGCUUCUGAAUCCGUCGGGUCGUCUGCUGCACUAUUCACGCGCUUCUGGCAAAAACAAAGUAUUGAUCGAUGAAGUUUACGGUGCUAACGGAGUUACACUUAGCAAGGAUGAAAGCUUCGUUCUAGUGGCUGAACUCGGAGGUCAACUGAUUCGCAGAUAUUAUCUGAAGGGUCCAAAAUUAGGCACAGAUGACAUCUUCAUCGAUGGUCUGCCAGGAUCCAUUGACAACUUGGUUGGAGAUGAUACGGGAUUGUGGGCUGCGGUGGUGAUUGCAGCUGAUAAAUCAAAUCCUUCGCUGGUAGCUAUGCUGGCACCUUUCCCAAAGGUCAGAAAAUUCUUCGUUCGGACACUCAGCAUUGCCGAGCUUCCUUUCGAUUUCAUCUACAAACAAACGGGCAAUGCGCUAGCGCUAAGAAUAUCCAACUUUAUUGGUAAUCUUGGCAGCGUGGCUCCACUGUUCCCGAAACGUGGCACGGUGCUACGCUUAGACUGGAAUGGUAACAUACUGGCUGCUCUACACAGCGACGAUGGAAAAACCAACUUAAUAGCUCAUGCCGUACAAAGUGGAGAUUAUCUCUUGCUUGGGUCACCGAUUUAUCCAUCGAUAAGGAAGGUGAAGCUGACGGAAGAGGUACUAAAGAUUGUGACACCGGGAGCCAAGCUGCAUACGAAGAUUACGGUGGAUACCAAAGAGAAGCCGAAACCAGCAGGUCAUGAAGAACUGUAGACGUUGGUUUACUAGUUUUAGUGUUAAGGUGAAUAAAAUUCAAUAUAAGUGUGGGAAUGUAUGAAAUAAUUUGUUUGGUGGGGUAUCCUUAUGAAAUUAUGUAUUGUAGUGGAUAAGAUCAGUCGAGUCAAGUACGAGACACUGAAGACGGCUGUGGAGAUCGAAAUACGUAUCUGUAAAGAUACAAUUAAGUGGUGAAAUAAAAUUAAAUAGCACUUACUUUUCUUAUGAUCAACUGA